AUGCCGCUCCGAAAACUACUACGUAAAUUAUGUGGAGACCAGAAAGAGAGCAAAGAAAAGAGUCCACCGCCUCCGUCACCCCCAUCCACUAUCCAGACUACCCAGUCGAUUGAGCCCUUCAAACCACAGGACUUGUGGCAGACUGCCUAUGAUCAGCUAGAUGAGGAGAAACGAAGAAUUCUGUCGACAGUCAGAGUAACUGCGAACCCUAUCGAUAAGGAAAGCCGAACCCGAACGGAAGUUUUGAUUAGUGAGGUCAUCCGCUUGACUAAAGAGCAAUACGAGGAAUUUCAGCAAAAUGGCAAUGGAAAAUUUCGAACAUCCUCCAGGAAAAUUAUCAAUGCAGCACUAUCCUUCAAAGAUAUUAUCGCCGUUGUUGCAGCCUUUGACCCAACCCAGCACGCAGCUAGUGCCUGGGCAAUAGUGUCACUGGGGUUGAUGAUGACCAAAAAUUAUCAUGACCAACGAGAUGCCCUUUUCGAAUCGUCGGAUUACCUGGCCGACGUUCUUGCACAAUGUGCCUUUAUUGAACGGAAGUUUUAUCGUGACGGCAGGUCAGUUGACCAGGAAAGCCUAGAAAACGCGUUGGUCCGUCUCUACCGAGCAAUCCUUCACUAUACGGCGCUAGUACAGGAAGUCCGAAGUGCCAACAAAGGGAAGAAACUGCUGGACUGCGUCUCUGUCAUCACUGAGCACCCGCUCACGGAACUCAAAGCCUUAGUUGAAAAGGAAAGGGAAAGCCUGCGCAGGUGUGUCGAACUAGGUGAAUACCUCCACCGUGAGGAGGAGGCAGAGAAUAUCCUACACAAGAUCGAUGAACUUUCCGAAUCUAUGAAGCUGCUUGUUGAACAGUUUAGCCUAGUGAACCUACGCGUCGCGGAAGGAGCAUUGUAUAACUCUUAUGUCAAUCAACACGAGGACUUUUGCCUCCCGGACACAAGAACGGACCUUCAGCGCCAAAUCUUGGAGUGGGCUAAGUCAGAUGGCAAAUUUAUUUUUUGGCUGAAUGGAAUGGCGGGUACUGGGAAGUCUACUAUUGCCCGGACGGUCGCUCAAUCUUUCGAAAACCAAGGACUGCUCGGUGCCACGUUCUUUUUCAAGCGAGGCGAAGCUGAUCGUGAUAACGCAAAACUUUUAAUAUCAACCAUCACAAGACAGCUAGUAACUGGGCACCGGCGACUAGUGCCUGACGUCCUGAGCGCUAUUAAAACCGAUCCGAACAUCGCGUCUAAAUUUCUGAGUGAACAGUUUGACAAGCUUCUUUAUCAGCCCCUCGUGAAGCUACAGCUAGAGCAAUCUACAACAAUUGUGAUUGUUAUUGAUGCCUUGGAUGAGUGUGGUCAAGAUGAGGAAAUGCAAGCGAUAUUACAACUCUUGUUUAAGUUGCAGGAGAUAAAAUCCGUACAUCUGCGAGUAUUCCUAACCAGCAGGCCUGAAACUCCAAUUCGUCUUGGCUUCAGGGAUGAAGAGAACCAUCAGGACCUGAUUCUCCAUGAACUUCCUGAGCCAGUAAUUGAACAUGAUAUUCGUCUGUUCUUGGAAAACAAGCUUUCAAAAAUACCAGAUGGGUGCUUACUUUCACCUGAUUGGACUCGGAGCCAAGUAAUUGAUGAACUAGUGCGGAUGGCUGUUCCAUUAUUCAUUUUCGCGGCCACAGCAUGUCGCUUUAUCAAAGAAGGACUGCACCCAAAAAAGCGGCUACAGAAGUAUCUUGAAUUUCAAGCAACUACAACUGCAACCCAAAUGGACAAAAUAUAUCUACCGGUUCUAAAUCAACUCACAGGCGAUCUUGCAGAUGACUCAAAGGAGAUCUUGGAAGAAUUCCAGGAUAUUGUCGGGGUUAUUAUUCUCCUUGCUACCCCGCUCUCUAUUGAAUCUCUUGCUUUACUUCUGCACAUGUCGGCAGACGAUAUCAGCGAGCUAUUAGAUCCUUUGCAUUCAGUCCUUAGUAUACCAAGUGACAGAGAGUCUCCAGUGCGCAUUCUGCACUUGUCAUUCCGAGAUUAUCUUCUAAUAACGGAAACCCGUUUUCAUGUCAAUAAGCAAGAGACACAUAGGAAAAUAGCAUUACAUUGUAUCCGGGUUAUGAAAACUCAGCUCAAACACAAUAUCUGCGAUCUGGCAAGUUACGGAACUCAGCGCAAGGAUGUCGACUCUCUGGUUAUUAAUCAGCAUCUUACGGCUCAUCUGCAAUACUCCUGUCAGUACUGGGUGCAUCAUCUUAAGCACAGCGAAGGUCGUAUCUCUGAAUCUGAGAUUCUUACUUUUAUCAAAGAGCGGUUCGUUCACUGGCUAGAGGCACUGGCUUUAAUUGGAAGUAUAUCUGAUGCGGUGGAGAUGAUAGAUAUACUGAAGUCAAGCACUUGGACAAGCAUCGGUGCGGAGCUUUCAGACUUUCUCUAUGAUGCAAGAAGGUUUACUCUUCAGAACACCUACAUAGCUAGUAUUGCUCCACUCCAACUCUACUGUUCCGGACUGGUGUUUGCACCUGCACAAAGCAUUGUGAAGAAGACUUAUCAUAAUGAAAUAUUAAAACAAAUACAAAGACUACCAGUCGUGGAAGAUUCAUGGAGCCCAAGCAUACAAACGCUCGAAGGCCAUUUAGAUUUGGUCUAUUCAGUGGCCUUCUCCCCCGAUGGGCUCACUCUGGCGUCAGGCUCUAGGGAUAGGACUAUCAAGCUCUGGGAUACAACCACGGGCACACGCACCGCCAGACACUGGAGGGCCAUUUAG